GUCUGUUCUCUUUUGCGACCACUUUUGUUUCUUGUUUUAACAAUAGAGACAGUGUAUAUUGUGUCCUAUCCAAGGGUGUUAUAAAAAGUUUAAUACUUGUUGAUACUAACAAUUCAUACUCGUAAUUAAAUUGUUCAAACACAAAAAAAAAAAAUCAAAUAAUGUAUUUCUAUGUGUUCUCUGCGUGAACAGGUGAAGUUCGUCCGACUCGGCGAUAUACCGGUCAUGGUGGUUACUUGACACUGUCUGUGCACAUCCUUGAGAUUAGAAUUGAUUUUCUAAGUGAUUUUGAUGCAAGUUUGGGAUUGAUGAACUAAUGGGAAGAACUGACAAAUGACCAUGUUGAAUGAUGUACAGUAGAAACAUAAGUUCUUCAGAUAAUCCUCAUAUAAUGACAUAGCAUAGAUACUGAAGGAAAACACCAUGUGGCACGAAGCGCGGAAACAGGAGAAGAAGAUCCGUGGGUUGAUGGUCGACUUCAAGAAGCGAGCAGAGAGAAGGCGAGAAUUUUACGAGAAAACUAAAUUGGAUCCUACUCAGUUCCUUCGCGUGUAUGGCCGACCAUAUAAGAUUAAUCUGGAUCCAGCCAUCGCCAUGGCAGCUGAGAGUCCACAAAGCAUGAUGCCGUGGCAAGGCAACAGAGACAACAUGAUAGAUCGGUUUGAUGUUCGAGCUCACCUAGAUUUUAUACCUGAGUAUGAUCCGAAAAAAGAGACACCAAUGAAGGUGAAUGAUGAUGAAGAGAGACACUUGAACUAUGAACGGUAUCGAACGCUGGUUGAAAAUGAAGCUGCAGGCUUGACUGAAGAACAAGCCCUGCAGCAAAUCUAUAUUGAUGAACAGUUCGGACCUCCAGACCGCACUGCUGAAGAAGAAAAGAAAAAGUUGGCCGGUAAGAAGGCUGCUAUAGGAUACACGUACGAGGAUAGCACCCCGGCUGUAGACGAGGAAGAUGAGGAUGAAGACACCGAUGAGAGCAGCGACACUGACAUCGAGGCUGCUGACCUUGAUAUCACACUGAACGUGGAUGAACUAACGCCAGAUCAGAUCGUUGCUGUUAACCAGUGUGCCGAGAUAUACGGCAUGAAAAAUGAUGACUUUGUCAGGUUGCUUAUGAAAGAUAAAGAAGAGUUGGAAGCCUUGAGACAAGCUAAGAUUAUUGAAGAAGAGAAAGCUCAGUUUGCAGGUCGAAAGUCUAGACGAGAGAGACGUGCAUUUAAAGAGAAGCGACUCGCUGGGAGGAAAAUAAGUCCCCCAAGCUAUGCUGCCCGAGAUAGUCCGAAGUAUGAACCGUACAAAAAAGAAUCUUCAUCGUCGUGUUCGAGAUCCCCAUCCCCUACCCCGGCGAAUAUCGGCAAGAAGUUGUUCAUCACGAGUUUCGGCAAGGAGUCUGACAACGAGGAACUGCGCAUGGUUCACGGGCCGUCUCUGCCGUCGGAAUCAGGGCCUCAGUCUGAACAUUCUCGCUCGAAAAGAUGCUCAUGGAGUCCACGGUCGAGGAAACACAGCAGCAGUAGCCGAUCAGCCGGCCGUGAUCGACCUCCAUCUCCUUCUUCCUCGCGCUAUCGCAGAGACUGGCGGGCUCGAGGUGCGGCAAGGUCACGAUCGAGGUCACGGUCACGAUCCCGCGGAUACGGAUGGAGAGACAGGAGAGACUGCAGUCAGUACUCCAGAUCGAGAUCUCCCAGAUGGAGGAGCAACUACGAUAGGAGAAAUCAGUACAGGAGGUACUCGCGGUCGAGGUCAAGGUCAAGGUCUUUCCACAGGAGGUCACGUUCUCGGUCAGGGUCUAAAGCCAGUUCAAGAUCAUCUCUGAAAUCUCUGUCUCGUUCACGCUCCAACAGUUCACAGUCAUCUUCCUAUUCUAGCUCAAGUUCUAGAUCGAAAUCAAGCAGAUCUCGCUCCAAGUCUCGUAGUCCAUCGAACAUUGUCGGUCAAGUUACAAUAAAGCGAUAUCGUCGACCAAGUGCAACAUCAGAUUCUAGCAAAUCAGACUCGGACAUGGAAACAAAUGGAAAUCAUAAUGAGUCAAAAUCAAGUCCUGUUAAAAGAUCUACGAAACCACUCUCGUUGCCUGGUAAUCUUGCACAGUCAAACAAAAACAAGUUAACGCCCCAGGAACGACUGAAACGCAGAAUGCAGGCACAGCUCAACAAACAACACAAACUCGACAAAAAGGCUGAAGUGCACCGAACAUUGAAAGUAGAACAAGAGAGAUUGGACAGAGAAGAGGAACUGCGGACCCGUGCGUUAGAGAUGAGAAGGCGAGAGCGAGAGAAGCGCCACCGUAAGUUACAGGCAGAGGAGCACGUGGACCGCCGGCCGUAUCGCAGACAAAGUCCGCGAAAUGACAACAGUUCCAGCAGUGACAGCGACAGUCAGGAGGUCGUGCCACCGAGAGUGAAGCGGAGAAGAUCACGUUCUUAUUCCCACUCAAGAUCGAGGUCUCGAUCACGCUCUAGGUCGAGAGAGAAACAUAAACUGGUUGCGUAUUAAAACGAAAGUGUAACCCAUCAGCCAGCCAGUUGGAGUUGCAUAUAUUAGUGUCUAGAAAAUUAUGCCAAAGCUUACAAUUGAAGGUGAACCAGAUGUUUUAAAAACCUGAAUUUUCUAGACACGUUAUUCUUGGAUGUCUUUGAACAAUAUGCAUGUGGUGUUUUGAGGAUUUUUAUUCCAAAUAUAUAUGUACAUAAUGGAAAUAGCCUUGAAAUGGAACAAAAAAACAGCAACAUCAUGUUACAUACGAACAGGGCAUACCUCCACUUAAUAACAACCUGAUGAAAUAUUUGGUCUGUGUUGUGUUGAAAUAAUAUUACAAUCAUGAUAUUUCAGUUUUUAUACAUAAUAUAUGACACUGGAACUGGUAUACAGUAGGGAAUAAUAAUUUGUAGAAAAGUUAAACUGUUUUUUAACAAUUGUAUAGAUAAUAGAUGGGAUAAAAACAUUUUAAUGAUGUGGUUGCCAUUCUAAAAAAUUGUAGCUGAAAACUUGUGUAUAGUCAGAAUACCUGUGAUUAUUUAUGGAUUUUCUGGUAUUUAACCUGGAUUGUGUGAAGUAGAGGAAUAUGUAUAGUUUUUCUUGAAAUACCGAAAUAUUGUUCUCUGAAAGUCGUGUUACGUUUACAGAAUAGAAGUCCACAAGUAGUUAGCAAUGGAACAUAUUGUUCUCUGAAAGUCGUGUUAUGUUUACAGAAUAGAAGUCCACAAGUAGUUAGCAAUGGAACAUAUUGUUUACUCUAUUUACAGUGGAGAUGUUGUUUUAUUUUUAAAUAGUAAUAAUUACAGGUGUUAAAAUAACUGAAAGAACAUCUGUGUUGCUGAAUGGAUGUUUUAAGUUCGCCUCACUAACCCACAUUCAUAUCAAUAUUAUUAUGUAUCAAAUGCUUCAUUUGUGAAAUCAGCAGAGGAGUUUGAAAGAUGACAAAAAGGUUAACAUUCGAAUUGUACAGAAUAGAUAGUGUGCUUCAUUCUGAGAGGGUAGUGAUGUUCUAAUGUAAUAGCAAUUCUAAUUGUAAGACAAUUUAUGAAAGCAACGCAGAAAAUAUAACUAAAAUGAAUUAUGUUUAUGUGGUUUAUUCUGCUGUCAGCUAUAUUAACAGAAUAUGACGUUCAAUUAAAGCAAAGUGAUAAAUAACAUGCUAGUAGCUGUAACACUUGCCAUGUGGCGUGAGCCCAACUCUGUGUAUUUAGGACUAGAUUUUCAUCACUUCAUUGUUCAAAUUACUUUCAUUAUUUGUACAUCUGUAUUGAGUUAAUGUUUUGGGAGACAUAACAAAACCUACUAUAGAUAUUUAUUUAUGAAUUAAGAGUUUACCAACUUGUUUAUCUUACAAGGAAUGAUAUUGUACAUAUUGUUUGAUGCCAUACUUAAAACAGUCUGCUGCAGGACUUUCUAUGAUGUGUGUAAUUGUAGUAUUAAUUAAAAAUCAUCCAUCGUUGUACUGUGUGUGUUAGGUAGUCUGUAGUGACAGUUUUAUUGCAAACGAGUGUCAGUGACUGAAAUUGCUCAGAUCCAACAUGCUUUAUUGCACCUGACUGUACAUUGUGCUACUCGAAAGCUGUUCCUGUCCAUGUUCUGUGAUGAAAGGCACACAGUCGUAGUAACCCAGUUUUUCAUGUCUGGUUAGUUUGACUAGAAUAAAAUCUCAUACUAUCUGUAAGCUUCAGCUGUACAUGUCGGGUCUGCGGUGGGCUUUACUUGCUUAGAUUUCGGGUGUAAAAUUGUCAAAUUAUUAUGAUUUCUUCACGUUUUGUCUUGAUAUUACAAAGUAAAAAGGUGAGAUAAAGGUGUUACUUUUUCGAAAGGUGUUACUGGUCGCAACAGCCUCAGUUUAGCAUUUAGGUCAGUUUCUCACAAGUCCUAGGUCAGUGAAACUUGUUUCAUAGUUGCAUCUAUGGAUGUUCAUCACAGAGCACCAAAAAGGUUUAUGGUAGCCGAAACAUUUAAUUUUGUGGAAUUCUUGUAUUUUUGGAUUACAGAAUGAAAAGAACUUUUUCUCAAUGACUUUGUUUAAUCAUUGACAAAAGUAAGUUUACAUAUUUUGGGGUGGGGAUAUCAACAAUUAUAUCUUCUAUUUGUCUUUAGUGUUGUUAUUGGGUAUUUACCACAAGCUGAGAAUAAAUAGCCACAUGUAUGGUUGUUGAUAGUUUUCAUUGAUGUGCACUGAUGGAAACAAACAAGGGAACACAUGGUAUUUGAGAUCAUAAUAAAAAUUCUCUGUUGUUUACUAUUAA